AUGGGCAGGUUUUUUGGAGCACUAAUCGAUAAGUACUCAAAAACCCCCGGGCCUAGAAACGAAGUUGACAGAAUUACAACAGUAGGACUUUUAUAUCAGCGAAUAUUCGGUCAACAAGUACUCGACUCGAAAUGGACGUGGAAAAAAUAUUUUGUACACCAGUUAAUAAUUCUAGCUGUGUUUGUGUAUGUUUUUUUUGGAACCCUUGAACGUAUAAGGUCAACGGACGAUGUCGAUCUCGUAGCUGAAGCCUGCUACACGUUCGUCAUGAUCAUCAUGUUUUCGUUGAAGAUGUUACUUUUCAUCAACAAUCGGUUCACUUUUAGGGAACUUUAUGUGACAGCUAAAACCAAACUCUUCGCUGUCAUUCAAGCUGAUUCAAGCGCCCAGGUCGAUAAUGCUUUGAAAACCGGUAAAAGAAUUGUUUAUUUGCUCAUAUCAAUGGUACUCAUACCCUGUUUUAUCUUCGAGCUAAUGGUUUUAUGGAAUUAUAUUAACGGUAAAAGAAUCUUGCUAUCCAGAGGGACGGUAACUUUAAUGCCGAUGAGUUCCCCGUAUUUUGAGAUUGCGUGGUUUAUUCACAGUAUAUGUUUGUUUCAAAUAUCAACAACUAUUAUACUUGACAUGUGGUUCGUUCUACUGGUCUACUUAUUGUGUUGCGCAAGUGAUAGUUUGGCGAAAAUUUUAUUGGUACAACCCAAAGGUAAAACUGAGAGUCGCUUGUCUUAUUCAAAUCGUUUAAAUAGUAGUCUGCGAACAUUCUACAAGAUUCAUACUGACCACGUACAGUACACGAAAGCGUUAAGUAACAUGUACAAGUGGCUAGCGUUUGUUCCACUUUGCAACGCUGCGAUGUGUGUUUGCAUUAUUUUGCUUUUGAUGAGUAAGGAAAUAAACUGGAAAUUCGCUCCUAAUCUAAUGCCGAUGUUCGCAGAAAUUUUUGUAUACAAUUGGUUUGGAGAAAAAAUUAAAAAUAAGGCAGACGAUCUCUAUAAUAACGUGAUUAAUUUCGAUUGGACAAACUUGAAGUUGAAGGAUAAAAAAAAUUAUUAUAUUAUUACAAAAUAUAUGAAUAAAGAAGUUGGUAUCAAAACAGCGAUUGGAUAUGAUUUGUCCUUAAUUACUAUGACUGCGGUCCUAAAAGUCAGCUACCAAACAUUUACCGUAUUGCAAUCUAUGGACAAGUAAAUUUGUUAGUG